AUGACCAAGCUUACUAUCGCAAGCAAGGCUCCAGUUGUUGCAUACUCUGAGCUAAUUGCUGCUCGUCUGGUAAAUGCCACCAAACCUUCUAGCGUGGAAUUCGAAUUCGUAGAGGACAAAAAAGCCGUCCCUGCAGUUUUCGAAGGAAGCUCGGAGGCUGUCUUGGAGCGCAUUGUGAAACAAUUUCCCCAAGUUUUUGCCGACGGUUUCGAAGGAGCCAGUGAAUGGGCUAAAUUCGCCACUGGGGAACUUACCGUGAAGAACUUUGCCAAACUUUCGGGAUCAUUAGAAAAGCUUGAUGCCCACUUAAACCUCAGAACAUUCAUUCUGGGUGGUCAAUCGUUCUCUGCCGCCGAUGUCAUCUGCUGGGGGUCACUCAGAUCCAAUGGUAUGGUUGGAUCCAUCAUCAAGAACAAAGUAUACGUCAACGUCUCCCGUUGGUAUACACUUUUGGAGCAAAUGCCUGCAUUCGGCAGUGCUCACGAAUUCUUGACAAAGUCGGUUCAGGAAGUUAAGAAAUCUGCGACCGGUAACAAGAAGGAGACCCACAAGGCUAAUUUCGAAAUCGGCCUACCAGGAGCCAAGAUUGGCGAGGUCGUAACCCGUUUCCCACCCGAACCCUCUGGAUACUUGCACAUCGGACAUGCCAAGGCUGCCAUUUUGAAUCAAUACUUUGCCCAGGAAUAUAAAGGUAAGCUUAUCAUCAGAUUCGAUGACACCAACCCUUCAAAGGAGAAAACUGAAUUCCAGGAUUCUAUUUUGGAAGAUUUGGAGCUUUUAGGAAUUAAAGGUGACAGAGUCACUUAUUCUUCGGAUUAUUUCCAAGAAAUGUAUGAUUUAUGUGUUAAAUUGAUCAAAGAAGGCAAGGCUUAUUGUGAUGACACCCCAACCGAGAGGAUGAGAGAGGAGCGUAUGGAUGGUAUUGCUUCUGCGAGAAGAGAUCGUUCUGUUGAAGAGAAUCUGAAGAUCUUUACUCAAGAUAUGAAGAACGGCACAGAAGAGGGCUUGAAGAACUGUGUUCGUGCUAAAAUUGACUAUGAAGCUCCAAACAAAACCUUGAGAGAUCCAGUCAUUUACAGAUGUAACCUGACCCCACAUCAUAGGACCGGUUCCGCAUGGAAGAUCUAUCCAACAUACGAUUUCUGUGUUCCAAUUGUCGACGCUUUGGAAGGUGUCACUCACGCCUUGCGUACCAUUGAAUACAGAGACAGAAAUGCGCAAUACGACUGGAUGCUUAACGCACUUGAGCUGAGAAAAGUCCAUAUAUGGGAUUUCGCUCGUGUUAACUUUGUGAGAACACUGUUAUCCAAGAGAAAACUUCAAUGGAUGGUUGACAAGGAUCUUGUUUCCAACUGGGAUGAUCCAAGAUUCCCAACGGUAAGAGGUGUCAGAAGAAGAGGUAUGACUGUUGAGGGCUUGAGAAACUUUGUUCUAUCACAGGGUCCCUCAAGAAAUGUGAUCAACUUAGAGUGGAACCUAAUUUGGGCUUUUAACAAGAAAAUCAUCGACCCAGUUGCCCCUAGACAUACUGCGGUUGUGAACCCUGUGAAGCUGCACAUCGAAGGAGCUCCUGGAACUCCAGAUGUUCAAGUCAAGCCAAAACAUAAAAAGAAUCCAGCUGUAGGCGAGAAGAAGGUCAUUUACUAUUCGGACGUCUUGCUCGAUCAAGACGACGCUGACAUGGUCGAAGAGGGCGAGGAAGUAACCUUGAUGGACUGGGGUAAUGUUAUCAUUACUAAAAAGAAUGCUGACGGGUCCUUGAGUGGUAAACUGCACCUCGAGGGUGACUUCAAGAAGACGAAAUUGAAAUUAACCUGGUUGGCUGACACAAAGGACAAGGUUAAUGUUGAUCUAGUCGACUUCGACCACUUGAUCACCAAAGACAAAUUAGAGGAGGGCGAGGAUUUUGCAGACUAUUUGACCCCACAGACUGAGUUCCACGUCGCUGCUGUUGCUGAUCUUAAUGUAAAGGACAUGAAGAAAGGAGACAUUAUUCAAUUUGAAAGGAAGGGUUACUACAGAUUAGAUUCGGUGGCGUCAGAAGACCAACCAUAUGUCUUUUUUGCCAUCCCAGACGGCAAAUCCGUUAACAAGUACGGUGCUAAGAAAUAA